AUAGCUGUAGCAAAUUUGGGAAAUCCAUUUAUCAAUUUUGGGUAUCACUUAGCAAUUUCCAUUUCGGAGGCUAUUUCGGGCUCCUGUGAGGCCAAUUUGCUGUUUUUCUGAAGGAUUUUGGAGAUCAAAACUAUUCUCUUGAUAUUUUUUCAUUAUUUUUCAUUUAAUUAUUGAUAAUUUGGCUACAUUUCCCAAAAUUGCGUAUCGCAGCAACCGCCGAAUCGUAUCGAUAAAACAUCUUUUAUGAUGAAAAAAAGUUAAAAUACGGAAGAACAGCGAUGGAUAAGCCUCAAGUCAUCACGUUAAUCGAAAAAUCUCUCAAUUACUCCGUCUUUGAUGUCAAAUGGAUUCCGUGUUCAGCGAAAUUUGUCGUUCUCGGCUCGCGACCCAAAGGAACAGGCGUUAUUGAAGUUUACGAGCUCAAUGACGAUCAAGCGGAUUUGGUUAAGGAAAUUGAGCAAAAGGCUUCUUUGCGAUGCGGCACCUUUGGAGCGACCAGUAUACGUGAUUCGCAUUUAGCUACCGGCGAUUUUGGGGGAAAACUUUCCGUUUUAAAUCUCGAACGUUCAGAGGCAAUUUAUGAAGUCCCCGAUGCUCACAGUGACAUUAUCAACUGCAUCGAUGGCGUUGCAGGACAAAGUAUUGAUUGCGGAGCGCCCGAAAUUGUCACGGGAAGUCGCGAUGGCAAAGUUAAAGUUUGGGAUGUGCGGCAAAAAGAUGUUCCCGUGGCUUGUAUGGCAGCUGAAGACACGACAAAAGUCACUCGCGAUUGUUGGGCAGUUGCUUUCGGGGAUUCUUAUAAUGCUGUCGAACGAAUUGUUGCUGCGGGUUACGACAAUGGAGACUUGAAGCUCUUUGAUUUGCGGAAUAUGUCAGUGAGAUGGGAGACAAAUCUGAGAAAUGGGAUUUGCGGCAUCGAAUUUGAUCGAAAAGACAUCAAAAUGAACAAAAUGGUCGUUUGCACGCUCGAAGGCGGAUUGAAUGUGUAUGACAUGAAAACGCAACAUCCGACAAAGGGGUUCGCUUGUGUCAAAGAAAAGAAUGCCGGCAGAUCGUUAGGGAGUCAUGGCGUGAUUUCCGGAGCUAAAGCGACGGUUUGGACCAUUCGUCAUUUGCCGCAAAUGCGAGAUAUUUUCAUGUCGGGCGGCGGCAGCGGAAGUAUUCGCAUUUGGAAUUACGAGUAUCCGAGUAAAAGAGUUCAAACGUCGUCGGAGGGAGUUUCGCAGGGGGUUGCGGGAACGUUAAGCAUGAUAAAUGCAACGACAUUGUCAACGCAACCGAUUAACAGUUUCGAUUGGAAUACGGAUUUUGAAGGGUUGGCUGUUUGUGGCGCCUUUGAUCAGACUGUGAGAGUGCUCAUGACGACAAAACUCAAUUUGUACAAAUAAAAUUUAAGAAAUUUCAAUUAUUUUCAUAGAA